AUGCAAUUUGUGUCACACAUUUUCGACAAAAAACAAUUGACCAUUCUUCCAAAACUUGUUGAGGAAUUAAGGGUUUUUCCUUGUACAAAUCUUAAAGUUGAAGACUUUACCUCGAACAAAAUAUGGGUUUACUUCAAUUAUUCACUUCAGAUUUUUGAACAACCAAAACACCACAAAAAAAAAUGGCAUUUAAAAAUAUCUUCACAAAGGAAGUAUUGUUUCUCAAUUACCCCUUGUUGUUUGCAACGAAUUAAAUACAUGAGGAUGUUCUUUUUCAUUAUAUUCUUUUGGUCAACAUCUUCUCAAGUGUUGUGUUCUUCUGGAUGUUCAAGUGAAUGUAUUUCCAAUUAUACAUGUAGAGAUCAUUGUUUGGAAGGUUAUGAAAAUGAUGGAUCUUGUUUAUAUUGUGCAACUGUAAUGCAUGGAGAAGGUGUUUCCAACGUAUAUUUACCAAAUGGGGAUAAGUGUAUACUUAAUGAACACUUAAUUGAGAAAGAUACAUGGGUCCCUUCAAUUACACAAAAAGUGCUUGAAAAUGAAACUUUCGAAAUGAAAUUUGGUGAAGAUACAUAUGUGGACUCUCACCCAUGUUAUCACAAACAAAAGUACAGACUUAUGUAUUGGUACAAAUUGGAUUAUUCACAAGUAACGACUAAAUAUAUUUUCAUCACUUUAAAUAGAAAGGGUCAAAGUAAUGACGAAAUAUAUCUGGAUGUUUCACACUCCGACUCAACUUCAUUGGCCCCAACAUGUUAUGCUCAAUCCACAAUGAAACAAGAUGAUGUAGAAAUGACAACUGAAUUGCUUGUAGAUAAAAAUUUGGUGGAUAAAGAGUAUACUUUAUACUAUACGGUUUCAGUUGAUGGUUACAGUGAACUAAAUGUUGACAUCUCUUGGAAAGGAAGUGAUGAAGAAUUGCGAACACCUUAUUAUUACUUCACACAAGAGCAAGCAGACAAUUUGAGAAAGAAUAUAAAAGCUGAUUUAGAUAUCAAAUUCCCUCUGUCGUCACAGGGUUUAUAUCGUCAUCCAUCUUGUGCUUCUAAUAAAAUGAUGAAAGUUUUGUACUUUCAAACUGAAUUUAAAGGUGAUUAUUCAAUACGAAUAGACACUCUCAAAGGUGGCAAAAACAAUUAUCUUCAAGAACUAAGUGUGGAUGAAAAUGGCCAAAGUGUAUGUAAAAAGUUGUGGGAUGGAAAUCGAUUUGGAAUUCUUGCGUUCGAAAAUGAUGAAAAAGAGGGACUCUUUGUAAAAUUAGACGGCACUCGACAAACAGAAACAAAAAGAUUGUUUGCAAUUAUGACAGAAGAACACUCGAAUGAUAUUACUGUCACUUUUCGAGCAAUAUGCCCAAAUGAUUGUAACGCGGGAAACGAGUUUGGAUAUUGUUCAACUAAAGAAGCGAAGUGUAUAUGUAAAGACGGAUAUGGUGGAAGUGAUUGUCACAAGUUGUGUUUUCACAACUUGGAGUGGCAAGUUGAAGAUAACACAAAUUUGUGUUAUUUGGAUUCUUCUCAUUGUGAUGAAUUCUGCCAAUGUGAAAAUGGAUACUCUCUUAAAAAUCAUUUGUGUGUAAGUAGUGCAUGUGCAAGUAAUUCUUCCGCGUUAAAAGAAGAGUGUAGAAGAGGAAGAGAAGGCUGUUUACCAAAUUGUCAAUGCCAAUUUAGUGCAAACUGGUUCCCAACAAAGAGUCAACAAUGCAAACACAAACUUUGUGGAAACGGUGAGAUCGAUGAUCUGUAUGAUGCAUAUGGUUUCGUUAGAAGAGAAGAAUGUGAUGGGGGUGUCAAUUGUGGUGAGACUUGUUUCUGCUUGCCUGGCUUUGUUCCAAAUCCUUCACAACCAAAUUCGUGUAAAACUAAAAGUGUUCAUGGUGGUGCUAUAGCUGGAAUUGUUUGUGGUGGUGUAUUAGGGUUAGUUAUCAUACUUACUUUUAUCAUAUUUAUUGCAUAUCAAGUACUCAAAUACAAAUCAAUUGAUGUGGAUAUAUUUAAACAACAACAACCAGAGUAUUAUAUGUAUAUUCAAGGGUCAACUAAUGCUGCUCCCACAAAGGAAAGUCGCUAUCUGUUAUAUCCCGUUGACUUAGAUUUUGGUCAGAGAAAUGGUGCAACAGCAAUUAAUGACACGAGAUAUGAGAAAAUUGAAAUAAGAAAUUGUAGCAAGAAGAAGCACAUGAUGGUGAUAUUCCAUACCCCAAAUAAUCCAAAGUACGUCUUUCAUUUUGAACCUCAAGUGGUCUAUGUACGCCCAAGAGGAAUGGUGAUAUGUACAUCAUAUAUGACUAUUCAUUGCACAACUCGACUAAGAGAUACAAGAAUACCAUAUACCGUAUGGUUUGCCGAGUCAAAAGGGCACUUGACAAAAAUUGCAGAUUUUUUGAUGAAUAAAAGUUUUGUCGACUGGGAUAUGGUUUGUAAGAAUGAGAUGGACAAAUUGUUGAAAGGAAUAUUAUUUCAUUACCAUCAUCACCUUAUUAUCAAAACAGAUGCUGCAAGUUCGACACAGUUGGAUAUGGAUGAAAUGAAUAUGUCAGAGAAACCAAUUGCAGAAGGUGCUAAUGGCAAAGUCUACAUAGGGAAUUACAGGAGUGUUCCAGUCGCUGUAAAACAAUUUAGAUGGGAAAAUUUAAGUGGAAGUGAAAUGAUCGAGUUGAAGAAAAAUGUUAUUCAAGAAUGUGAGAUCAUGAGUAAACUUCGUAAUCCGUUUAUCGCAAAUUACAUGGGGUCUGUCACGUACACACCACAAGUUUCUAUGGUCAUUCAAUUCUUUGUUUUGGGCUCUUUGGGAGAGUAUUUACGGAAAGACAGAGAUGAGCAUUUGAGUCUUCCUUAUAAAUUGAAAGUGCGAAUGUUAUAUGAUACAGCCCGUGGUAUGCAAUUUCUACAUGAAAAUAGAAUCAUGCACCUUGACUUAAAACCAGACAAUUUAUUAGUGAAUUCAUUAUACACAGACUCGGCUUGUUGCAUCAAAAUUACCGACUUUGGAACAUCAAGAUUUACACAUAAAGCACAGUCCACUGAAAAAGGACUUGGCACUCCAAUCUAUUUGGCUCCUGAAGGUUUCAAAGAUGUGUACACAUAUGCGGGUGAUGUCUAUUCCUUUGGUAUAACUGGAUGGGAAAUAUUUUACCAAGAUGAGCCAUACAAAUCUUUUAAAUCGCUAUUUGAGAUUAAGACUGGAGUGUUAAAUGGAAAACGCCCAGACAUUGACAACUCAAUGCCAUCAAAAUUGAAUGAAUUGAUUGAGGUUUGUUGGAAGGGUACACCAUCAGAGCGCCCACUCUUUGAUGAAAUCGUCAAGAAGCUCAUUAUCAUUGAUGAAGAUGUCAGAAAUCAUAUGGAAUUGGACUUCGAUGUUUUUGGUGACAAAAUAGAAUAUCACAUUAACAAGCGAAUUGAGCGUAUGAAGCGAUUAGUCUCGGAAAUAGCUUGA